GCCUACUAUAUCCUGCAAGUGUGUUAUGAAACUUGGUUAAAAAAAUUAAAAUUUUCUUCCAAACAAUACAAAUUCUCAUGUUCUAGUGGCAAUAACGACGCUUUUUCAAAAAAAAAAUACGUAUUUGUAUCUGUUCUCUUUCAAUAUGUAUUUUACUUUUUUUUCUAUGAAAUGUAGUUCUACAAGAGUAGUUUCUCUCCAAGCGUGUAUGUAGUUUUGCAGAAACCAAAUGUUUAUGCCCCUUUUAUUGGGUAUCUGAUGCUUCCAAUAUUAUAAUACAAAGUCAAGUUAUUCAUGAUUAAUAUGUUUCCUUGAUCACUGUCGGGCAAAUACAAAUAAAAGAAAACAGGAUAUGUUACACAACCUUUUGUUUGGUUCUUAUUUUGAUAAUAACUUGGAGACCCAAUUUGGGUACACUUUGGGUCCUUGAGGACGAGGAUUCUUUAUUGAGUUGAGUAGAAAGAAAGAAAGAGAUCGAAAAUCUCAAUCCGCUGAGGAACUUUUAGUUUUGUUAACAACUGGUCUUGUUAUUAUGGACAUAAAGUCAGGUCACCCGUCUCCUGUAAUGACUGAUUCUCCACAGAUAAGCAACUCGAGAUUAACGGUUCGUCAGAGUAGACCACCUCACUCAUCAUCAUCAUCACAGAACAACAAUCUUUUGCUAACCGUUCCCAGAAAGAAAACCGGGAUUAUUGAUGAUGUUAAGGCUAAUGCUUGGUUUGAUGCAAUGAUAGCUUCUUCUCCUACCCCAGCAUUAGUUAACAAAGACAAUGAUGCUACUACGGAUAUGACUUAUCGCGAAUGGACGCAGGUCAAGUAUCCAUCAGCUCUUACUACUUUUGAGAAAAUCAUGAGUGUUGCAAAGGGCAAAAGGAUAGCUUUGUUUCUUGAUUAUGACGGGACACUUUCUCCUAUAGUUGAGGAACCUGAUGCCGCCUACAUGUCAACUGAUAUGCGUACGGCAGUACAGAACGUUGCCAAGUACUUCCCAACCGCUAUCAUUAGUGGAAGAAGCCGUGAUAAGGUGUAUGAGUUUGUUGGACUGAGUGAACUUUACUAUGCCGGAAGCCAUGGAAUGGACAUCAUGAGUCCUGCAGGAGAGUCUUUAUACCACAAACAUCUCACCCGUACUGUAUCAAUUAACGAACAGUUUCAGGGGAAAGAUGUAAAUCUAUUCCAGACUGCUAGCGAGUUUCUACCAAUGAUCGAUAAGGUGCUUUGUUCGCUUGUGGAGAGUACAAAGGAUAUCAAAGGAGUCAAAGUAGAAGACAACAGGUUCUGCAUCUCUGUGCAUUACCGCAAUGUAGAAGAUAAGAACUGGAAACUGGUUGCACAAUGCGUUGAUGAUGUCAUUAAAACGUAUCCAAAGCUACGGCUAACACAUGGCCGGAAGGUUUUAGAGAUCCGUCCUGUUAUUGACUGGGACAAAGGGAAAGCUCUGACAUUUCUACUUGAAUCUCUCGGCCUAAACAACUGUGAGGAUGUUCUUCCAAUCUAUGUCGGGGAUGAUCGAACCGAUGAAGAUGCAUUUAAGGUCUUACGAGAUGGACCAAACUACGGUUAUGGUGUAUUAGUCUCUGCUAUGCCUAAAGUCAGCAAUGCCUUUUACUCUCUUCGUGACCCAUCUGAGGUGAUGGAGUUUCUGAAAGCAUUGGUGACAUGGAAGAGAUCAUUGGGUUAGUAAAAGAAAAUGGCUGACCUUAUAUAUAUAUAUAUUAUAUAUAUGGAAGUUAGAAGAUCAUUGUUAUACAGAGACAAUGGAGAAAGAUAUGAUGCAGAAGUAAAGCAUUUAGUUUUGGUUUCUUUGGUUUUUUAUUUUUUAAGUUGUUUAAAUACAGUUGAGAUUACUAUUUACCGGGUGGGUGAAAGAGAGCGAAGGGUUAAAAUAUGACAGAGGUCGUUUUCCCAUUUUCAUCUUCUUUUACAACUGUAAAGUUUUCUUUCAUCUUAAACAAAUGUUUUCCAUGUGUUGUUGGCCUCCUAUUAAUUCAAAUCACAUCUCAUUUUUCA